AUGAAGAUUCAAACUAAUGCCACUAAUAUUCUGGAACGUACAUCGUCCUUUUUGAGGGUAGGAUUAUUGGCGAGAACGCCGGUAUGGUACGAUGUGAUAGUUAAAUCCCCACCGUCUACUAAAUUUGCGAGACAACCAAAGUUAGUUAAUCCAUCUACAGGUGCGUAUACAGCUAAACUACGUGAAUUUUCAGAUAAUAGAAAUAGUAGUUCUGGUACGUAUAAGACUAGGGCAAAUAAGCAUGAAAAACGAGUAUCCACUUCUGCGGUUUACAGGGCUCCAAAGUUGUAUUACUUCGAGGACAAAUUGAGAUCUUUAUUUUACAAACAGCAUCCUUGGGAGUUAUCGAGACCUAAGAUUCUUGUGGAAAAUCAAGGGGACGAGAAGCAUGAUUGGUCACGUAUACAGCAGCUAGGAAAGCCUCUUGAUGGUGAGUCUGUAGUGCAACGAACGCUAUAUUUAUUGGGUUCUGGAGAACACACUAAUUUGAUAGACGCAUAUGAUCAAGCAAGAUUCGAAUUUUAUCGUUUAAGAAUGCAGCAGGAAUUGGAGGAACAAGUCGCUCAAGAGGAAGCGGGAAUGCUUGGUAGUGUUUUUGGCCCAUCUGCUGUUGAGUUUGGUCUGCGGAAAGAACAGGAAGUUAUUGAUGAUUGGAAGAAAAAGGCGUUAAAGCAAGUUGAACUAAUGUCUGCAAAGAGAAGUGAUCAAUCUGCCAACUGGGGUACCCGAGAAGAUAAUGCGAAUGAUGCUGUAGAGAUAGAAGAGUUGGAGUUAUGA